AUGGCAGCCAACGUACCAGAUCCCUCCCGCAUCCUGAGCAUACAGAGCCACGUAGUGUCCGGCUACGUCGGCAACCGAUCCGCCACCUUCCCGCUUCAGCUGCUCGGAUGGGAUGUCGACGUGACCAACACGGUCCAGUUCAGCAACCACACGGGCUACGGGCGAUGGGGAGGCCUGCGCUUCGACGCCGAACACCUGCAGACCAUCUUCGACGGACUCGAGAGCAACGGCUUGCUUCGCUACUCGCGCAUGCUCACCGGGUACAUGCCGUCUGCAGCAGUGGUGCAGACGGUGCUUCAACUGGUCAAGAAGCUGCGCUCGCGCCAGGGUGGCCAGGAGGGCGGGUUGAUCUACCUGCUGGAUCCCGUUAUGGGCGAUAUGGGGAGAGGCAUGUACGUCGCACCGGAAGUGCUUCCAAUCUAUCGCGAAAUGCUGCAGUACUCGACCAUCAUCACGCCCAACCAGUUUGAGGCACAGGCACUGACGGGAGUCGAUAUCGUCGAUCUGGCAAGCCUCAAACAAGUUAUCCUUACGCUGCACAAGAAGCACAAGGUGCCCCACGUCAUCAUCACCUCGAUAGAGCUGCCGGAUGCCGAUCUGGCUGCGAUCGGUGCGCAUCGCAACCUUUCGGACGGCCGACAGGCCAUGCUUCAAGUCGGCUCGAGCUGCGAGAUCACGGUAGAUGCAGGUGGGGAGCGACAGGAGCCAAGUGUAUCAGUGGAGGAUCUGGAGAUCUGGUCGAUUCAAUUCCCUGAAGUGCAAGGCUACUUUUCUGGCGUAGGCGACAUGUUUGCCGCACUCACACUCGGAAGGUUCCAUCCUGAGUCACCCACCUCCUCAACAACAGCAGGACAGGGCGACGGAAUGGCUAAUAAACCUCUCACGCCCAUCGCAAAGGCAAGCGAACUGGCGAUCGCAAGUCUGCAAGGCAUCCUCGCCAAUACAUGUAGUGUCAUAGAUCAACUUGAAAAGGAGCUCGCGCCGGCUGCCGACGGAAAGGUGGAUGAAGCGCAGGAACGAGUGGACAGGAUGCGUAGGAGAGAGCUCAGGGUGGUGCAGAGUAAGCGCGAGAUCGAGUCGCCGACGAUUGUGUAUCGCGCAAGGUGGAUCAGCAGCUAA